CCUUUGUUUUAUACCCAGAACUGUACAAACGUGAAGUGUAUCCUUAUUUCCUGCACUGUCGGACAACUGGAAAGAGGGAAGAGUGCAGCACUGAAAAUCAGGUCCCGGCUAUGGGCUGAAACUUUCCUGCAGAGGAAAAAUGAUCUCUAUACUCUUUCUUCCAAUGUGUCCUUCAAAGUUAAGAACAUGCCCUAUAAAGUGCAGCCAGCGAAGCUCCCUGAGGGAAGCAUAGCAAUCAGAACAUCAGUCAUUUGGUCCACUCCAAAUGUCUCCUUUGUUAUCCCUUUGUGGGUUAUAAUACUAGCAAUAAUGCUUGGUCUACUGGUACUAGCGGUGUUGACCCUUGCUUUAUGGAAGUGCGGCUUCUUUGACAGAGCUAGACCCCCACAAGAUGACAUGGCAGACAGAGAACAGCUGACAAAUAACAAGACUACUGAUGCAUAGAGGAAGAGAGUGACAGAUCCAAUCAGAAUCUUGCCUGAGACUAGAACAUAAUGAGGAUUAACUGAAGGUUUCCUUUCACCAAUCUUCUUUUGUACCUGCAAGUGAAAUGGCAUCAUAAUCUGAUCUAUGCUACGUUCUGAGAAUAUGCCACAUGAUGGCCAUCCUUGCCAAAGAAAGAAACUUUAUACUGCCUUAAGAACAUGCUCACCAUUGAACAGAAUGUUUAUUCUAUAUUUUGGUCAGUCUACAUUUUAGCAGAUGCUUUUGAACACAUGUGGUAUACUGAGGUGCUUCCAGAACAAGCCCAAAACUCCCAAGGAGAAAAUGCCUGCAUUGCUGUAUUGUCUAGAAGACGGAACAGGAUGGAAUUUCUGAACACUACUGUAUCAUGCAGAAUACCUUUGACACCUCCCUAAGAACUUUUAUGACAUUAUGACUCAGGGAGACAAGCAAUAAGUCAGUACUGUGGAAGUACUUCUGAAAAACAAAGGUAGUCUAUGAAGAAUUUUAUAGAUGGAGCACAAUUAUUUAUUUUUCCACCUUUUCAGAAUAAGUAUCUGAUAUAAUCAUCAACUUACAUUUUAAGAGAAAUAAAGUCAAUAUACAGAAGUCAUGUACUUACUUUACAUGUAAAUAGAAAAGCAAAGCAAUUGUACACACUGAGCACAUCUUUCUUGGCUACAAGGUGUUUGGCCAAACAGAGGAUUUAUGCAAUAUUUUGCAAGAUAAGUUAUAUGAUAAGCAUGUCUUGUAUCUCAGUCCAGAGCUGGGAGUAUCACAUCAGAUAACAAAAUCCAAAGGCAUUAUAAUGCAGUAGAUGGGUUACCUUCUCACCCCAUUGCUGGUGGCUGCCCAUGCAGCUCUUACUGAUUUAAAUUACUGAUUUAAAUUACUGCAGACAUGCGUCUGUGGUGAUAUGAAGAGGACUUGGGAAUUUGAAGCUAGGAUGAGUUUUACUUUUUGCCAUUGCCCUGUUACUUGGUGAAGUGCUCUCUUAAAAUGGCUUCAGCUGUUGUAUCAUCUGUUGAAUUUAUGUCACAAAUCCUAAUAUUUCAUUCAUCUGAAGAAAUCUUUGCUUUUUGUUUUCAUUUUAUGGGCAAGAAUCCAGCAGUGUAUUUAAAGAGCUGAAGAUAUUUCUCCAAACUUUAUGGCAGAAUUUAAUGAUCCCUUAAAAAAGUCUUGUAGGGAAAGUGAGCAAGGUUUCUAUUUAUGCAGAAAAUAGAAUGCCAGCCAGCCAAGCAUGAACAAAAAGAAGGAAAGAUAUUUUGAGAUAAAGAG